AUGGCCAGGAAGGUGGCGCUGAUCCUGUGGGCCCAGACCCUCGGCCUCACUGGUGCCCAGAUCACCCAGCUCUUGGUGGAGCCCCCCUGGAGGCCGGCAGUGCUGUGGGACCGGGUGACACUGACCUGUCAGGGCUUGGGGGCCACCAGUGCCACCACCUGGUACACGGAUAAGGACGGGGAGCGCUGGUGGCAGGAGGGACGCGAAAACUUCACUGUCACCAAGAGUGUCACCUACACGUGUUACAAACCUGACUCUGGACUCAGCCCACCUGUGAGAGUCUCAAAAGGCUGGCUGGUGCUGCAGGCGCCGGCGCGGGCGCUGCUGGUGGGGGACAUGGUGACACUGCGCUGCCAGGGCUGGUGGAACAGCACAGUCACCUCAGUGUCCUUCUACCACAAUGGGAAGAAAUUGGAGAGGUUCCAUAAAGGCACUGAGCUGUCACUGUCCCCCCUGCAGCUGAACCACAGCGGCCACUACCUCUGCAGGGGCCAGGUGGUGUCACAGUGGAGAGAGUCAGAGCGGGUGACAGUGAGAGUGCACAAUGUCCCACUCUCGGGAGUGUCCCUGUCAGCGCAGCCGCCCAGGGGACAGGUGGCACUGGGGGACCGCCUGGUGCUGAGCUGCAUGGUGGCUGCAGGGACAGGUCCCCUGUCCUUCUCCUGGCACCGGGAGGGCUCGGGGGCACUGCUGGGUACCGGACCCCGCCUGGAGCUGCGCCACAUUGGGGACAAUGACAGCGGCCAGUACUGGUGUCGGGUCAGCGACAGGGACAGCGUAGCUGAGAGUGACCCCCUGAAUGUCACCGUCCUGGUGCCUGUGGCCAAUGCUACCAUCACCCCACGUCCCCUGGCACACCAGGUGCAUGCACGUGACAACGUGACCCUGCGCUGCUCAGUGCAGGUGGGCUCACGCCCUGUCACCUUCACCUGGCUGCACAAUGGGCAGGAGGUGGCCUGGGGUUCCCUCCUGGAGCUCAGGGACAUCGAUGUGGGACAUUCAGGCACCUACCAGUGCAUGGCCACCAACCAGCAGGGAGAGGAUGGGCACGGCGUGUUCCAGGCCCUCAGCCCAGAGCUGGCCCUGGCGUUGGCACCUGGCUCACCCUGGGUCACAGCAGUGGCUGUGAAUGUCGGCAGGACCCUCCUGUUCCUUCUCCUGCUUCUGGCUGUCCUCGGGGGUUGUCACUGGUGGCACCACCAGGAAGUGACCAACACGGAGCUGUCAGGACCCUACAAGGGACAUUGCGACCCCCGUGACUACGAGGACAUCCUGUGA